AACUAUAAAAGCAUGAAGUCCUAUGUAUACUUUACGGAUGGGCUUGUGUCCCAAAUAAAAUGCAGAGAAUUUGGAAGCAAAGUCGUCGUUGUUGCCAAAGUCAAGCAUUCACUGCUGUGGACAAGUGUGUGGUUGAGAUAAAGUGUCCUUCAUGCACUAAGGAGAAAAUGUUGAGUGACAUAUCCAAUAAGGAGGCCAAAAACCUUGGUCUGGGACCAAAUAAACAAUUAAGUAGCACACACCGCUACUACUAUCAAAUCCAGACCCAAAUGGCAGCUACCAAGUCUUCAUAUGCUGAUUUUGUCAUAUGGACAACAAAAGAUGUUCACAUAGAAAGAAUUUUUUUUGACAGUAAUUUGUGGUCAAGCAUCUCUGUUAAGGCAGCAGAAUUUUUUCAGAAAAUUAUAUUGCCUGAACUCUUGGCAUGCUAUUAUACCAAUAAAAAGGCAUCUGGCAUUACUAAAGCUGUUGGCUUACCACUGACAAAAAGAAAUAAGCCUACUCUGAAUAAGUUAAAAUAAAAAUGAAAUAUGAAAUGUGUUUUUAUUUUUUAUUAAAUAUUAAAAUACAACCUGGUAACAAUAAAUUGUGCUGACAACAAUAAAUGGCAUUUUUAAAUACUCAAAUUAAUCAAAAGGCACAAUAGCUGGACAAAGAUUAAUCAAUGCACAACAAGU